GUCGUGUUCCUUACUAGAACGUUUAUAUUUCGUCAAGAGAGUGCAACUUGGAUGUUACAUUGUGUUGUUGUUAGUGAAUUAUUGCGUAUAAAUAACCAUAGUUAUAAUUAAAUAUGUCUAGAGGGCAACUGAGACUGGAUAUUGAAGAAAUGAGAUAUAACCCAGUCAGUGUUUACGAGAAUAACCCUAUGUUAACUGCUCUGACUACUCCUGAUUUUCUGAAAGAAGUAAACUUCCACGAAAGGAUUGCCACGUUUGGAAAAAAUAUCCAAUCAGACGAUUGGUCUGAACAUGCGGUUAAGAGGAACGACAUUUUGGCAAGCCCAGACAUAUCAAUGCCUUACAUUUCGAAUGGUUACUUAGCCGAUCCAUACAUGUCUUCUUCAGUGGAGUAUGAGCUUCCUACAGAACUGGAAGACCUAGGGACGCUUGUGAAGAAAGAACCCUCUUCGGAACCUACUUCCGACAAGGAACUAACCGAUAAGGAAUACGAAGAAAAACUGAAAUUAGAGAGGCGAAGAAUGAAAAACAGAGAAGCUGCCCACAGGUGCAGGAGAAAAAAGAUGGAGAAGAUUUCCCAACUAGAAGGACAAGUUAAAUCACUGCAGUCAGAGAACUCGAGGAUAAUGGACAACAUUAAGAGAUUGGAAGAGGAAGCAGCUUACUUGAGGGCUUUAUGUCGCCAGAGGAGGUGUCCACAAUGUGAUCCUAUAAUGGAUCAGUAGUCUAUAAGUGACCUAUGUGAUCUAAUAACAUUACUUAAAAGCAAAAUAUGAAUGCUCAACAACACAAGAGUAAGUAGUUAACAAAUAGAUUUAUACACUUCUCUAUCAUCAAAGUGAUAUUUUAUAUAAACUUAGAUCUGAAUUUGGAAUAUUCACUGCACGACAAAUUUUUGGAUUGCAUUAUGGGAUAACAGAAAAAUAAUGGUUCAACAUUAUUAUUUAAAGUUUAAUUUUGUCUAAAAUUAUUUAUUGGAUGUAUAUUAAAGUAAAUCAUAAAUAGACCUCAUGAUAUUAAUGUAAAUAAAAUAAAUUAUACACCAGUAAGCCUAAAUUAAUUAGGUAAAUGAGACUAAGAUAGC